ACCGAACGAAAAUGAAAUUCUAAAAUUUAUCUUUCAAUGUAAAUAAGUUCUAAUUCAGAUUCUAAAUAUAUGCAGAAGGGUAAUGUUUGAGAUUUUAAUAAACACAUGCCCAUUCUCCUCUUUGCAAAAAUGACUUAUGAUUUAAAGGUUCUCAAAGAAAAGGUUCAAAGCUGAAAGAGAGAAGAUUUAUAAAACCAGAUUUUGUCGAUUUCGAAACUGUGGGAUUAAGUAAAGGAAACAAAAAGUGGGUAACACUAUGGCUACCCGAAGAAAUCGAGCUGACUCUUCUGAUAAUCCUGAAGAAGACAAUGCUCGUAAAAAAGAAAGAUUGGAUUGUGCAAUUUAUAAACUUAAAGAGAAAAAGGGUGGCUUUGGCGAAACUGAUGAAAGUAAAUCUAAAAAUUCUGUAUCAUCAGCGAAUUCUAAAAACAGCUCAAAGGGUGAAAAAGGGUUAAAAUUUGAGAUUGCAUUAAAGAAUUCUGAGAGUGAGUCGAGUGAAAUUGUGGGAACAUUCAAUGAGGCAGAUUUUCGCAUAAUUCCAAAAACUGAAAUUUUAAAUUUAAAUUACUGCAUGUGGGAGAAUACUUCAAAUGUUUGUUGGUUAGAUGCAUCUAUGGCUCUGCUGGCCCAUAAUCAAACACUCAGGUACGAGUGUGACAUAAAUGGUUCGGCACACGUAAAAACAAUUGUAAAAUAUUAUAAUGAAGCAAUUUGUUUACUUAAUGAUGAUAGUAGUGACUGGAAUAUUGAGCAAAGACUUGCAAUAGCGAAAAAGUUCUUGAGCACUGUUCAAGAUUCAUCAUUGGAGUAUUUGCAGCCAAUCUUGAAGUACAAUAAUGGUGAUCCAGAGAGUGCAUUCUGCUCUCUGUUCAAUUUAAUACGUGAGGAUAAAACUGUUAGAAAGUUCUUUGAAGUCGAAUAUACAAAAUCAUUUUUAUGUGAAAAGUGCGGUAUGAAUCGUACCACAACCAUUAAUAAACCCAUUAUAACUCUUCCAAAAGUUGUUGCAUUUCAACCCAGCUCACCCUUUUUUGUCAGUGAAUGUCCCUCAUGUAAAGAUCAAGAACAACGAAUCAAAGUGUCAUACAAGGUUUUACCUAAAUGCCUCAUUUUCCAUUUUGAAAAUGGAGCUGGUAAAGGGGAAUUGUAUCCCCUAGAUUUUUCCAUAUAUGGACGCGAAUACAAAGUCACAGGUUUGAUGACUCUAGAAAAGUCUGAGGAAAUGACCGUUGACCAUUUUGUAUCAUGGAUUAGGGAUCCAAGUUCUGAUUGUUGGUUGGAGUGUAAUGAUUUAAAUCCCGAAGUUUUAAAAUUUGCAGCUAUCCCGCCUCAUUGUAUUAGUUUGGUAGAUGUGUGCAUGGUUAUGUUUGAAGCAUUUGAUGACUUAGGUACAAUUGAAAUUAAAACUGAUGAGUCAGAAUUAACAGAAAAGUUAAAUCUUGCAGACGGGGAAGCGGAAGAUGCCAACAUACCUUUCAUUGAUUUAUCGCAAGAUAUUGAAGAACCUAGAAACAGAUCUAAUAACCGUGAAACACCUUCAAGAAAAACGUGUGGCGAAAAAAACAUGAAUGUUUGGAGUGAUGGUGAUGAUCUGAAUUUUUUGAACAGUAUUUGCAAUAGUCCUAGUGAUUCACUAAGUAAAUCAAAUAAUGAUUCACAGCCUUAUUCUUUUAUGAAGCAACUUGACUUAAAACCCAAAACAGAUGAAACUCAAAAGGACCUUGUUUUACUCCCUGAAAGUCAAACUUCAUGUAGUGAUGUUAGUGCACCACAUGAAAGUGAACAAAAAAAUGUUUCAUUGCAAGAUACACUUUCACCUAGGUACACAGAUUUGAUUAAGAAAUUAGCUGCACAAAAUGAUGAUAUAGAGGAUGGUAAAAUUCUUUCGUCAGAUACUAAGCAGAAAUCUGAAUUUCCAAAAUUAAAUACUACUGAGAAGUCCCCCUUAGAUGAAAGUUUACCUUCAAAAAUGAUUUCUUGUCAAAAAUUAAAUGAUAAUGUUUGUAAUUCGAAAGACAGUAAAAAAUCUUCACCUACAGUAGUAAAACUAGUUACAUCUGGGAACUUUCAAAAUGAUAAAGAAAAUGCUGAUAUCUCUUCGGCAGAAGUAAUAGAAAGUGAUUUUGUGACGCAGCAGUAUGAUAAAUUAAAUCAAAUACUUGCUUCCAAAAAAAGCACCCACAGUAAAAUAAAAUUUCCCACUCAAGAAGAAAUUAAUGGCAAUAAAAAAUUGAUAGACCUUUCCUCAGAUUUUAAAAAUGGUAACCAAUAUCAAAAUCAGAAAACUGAUUUGUUAGCCAGAGAAGAAAAUAACACCAAAAAUCUCUUAGAUGUUCCUAAUAAUGAUAAAUUAACUGGUGAGGAAAUUCUUUCUGCUAUAGUUCAAGCAAAAUGUUCAGGCUUGGAUGAGAUGAGCAAUGGUAAUCUUUCAGAUCAUACAAAUGAUAAUUCUAAAAGGUCUCUUCUUCCUAUUGAAGUAAAAACAACAGUAUUUGACUGCUUCCAAAAUGAGGGAAAAUAUAUAGACCAUAUUCCUGUAUCUUUAGAGUCUAUGCCUAUUUUUCCUGUGGAAGAAAAAACACAGACAAUUACCCCCGCAAGCCAAGAGAAAGAUGAAUUAAGUAAAAGUGUUACAAUGUCUGCAAGUUCAAUCCUUUUAAAAGAAAGUCAAGAGAAACAUGAACCUGAUGGUGAGUCUUCUACCAAUUUAACUGAUUUUCUCCUUAAAGAAAAUCCAUAUGAUAUGGCACUUAUUGUAAAAGAAUCUGAAGAAAUAACCCCAGAGACUAUUAUAAAGGUCAUAAGAAAUGAAAAGAAACCAUUAGUUUCUUCUAAAACUUCUAAUUCUCCAAGUAUGACUUCCAGAAGUAAGAUAAGAAAAAGAAGAAAGCAGAGAAAAGAUUUUGACCAUUUAAAAAUGAAGCCAUUUUCAAUUAAUGUUGAAAAAAUGACACAUGAGGAGAUUUUAGUGUAUUCUCCUCGUGCUUUCGAAUCCUCAACUCCCGAAGGUUCACCCAAUUCAACUUCAACUAAUCAAGGCUCAUUGUCCUGCGAAGUCAGCACUGAAGUGUAUCCAGAACGUUUUAAUGAUGACCUGAAACAUGACUCUAGUCAAAAGAUUUUACAGGCAGAUAUACGUAGUAAGAAAAGUCUAGGUCUGAGUUCAGAAGUAAGCAGUAGACUACAGAACUCCUUACUAAAUCAAUCUAAUGAACCUUCUACUUCUGGUAUAAGUAAUAAAAGAGGAACGAAACAUUAUUUAAAUCAAAGAGGUAAAAAGGGACAUGUUAGCGGAACACUCGCUGAAAAUGAUUCGGCAAAAUCAGGCACUGUACAAAGCAUUAAAAACAAAACCCAUGUGGAACCUAAUCAGAAUUGUUCUCCAAUCAGUAAAAGAGGAAGGCCAAAAAAGGAAAAGGUGAUUAUAACAAACACGCUUGAAGAAAAUAUUUCUUUAAUUGAGAAAGUUAAACAAGAACCAAUUUUAGCUAGUCCAAACAAAAAGAAAAAUUUGCUUCGUCAAAAUACCAAAAACCUUCUAAGCCAUUCAUCUCAAGACCAUAAUAUUGAAAAAACUCAAGAAGCAGCCACUAAAAAUCAAGAAAUUUCAAAAAAUAUAAAACUUCAUACAGAAACUAUACCUAAAAUGCUAUCAUGUGAAGUUGGAAAGAAAUGGGGAAGGAAGGAAAAGCAACCUGCUUUGGAUGAAAUUAAACUAAGCACUGAUUUAUCACAAAACAAUGCUAUUGAUAUUAGUUCUGAUUUAAUACAAAAUCCUUCAACAAUUUCUAUUCAUAAAAGUAGAGGUAGAACAAAGAAAGGAACAGAUCUGAAUGUCACUAACUCAAAUAAUGCCUUGCAAGAUCAUAAAAAUUUAAAUUCUACAGUGAUUGGCACACCAGUUAGAAAAAGCAAUAGAAAACGCUCUGAUGCCUUACUCGCCUUAAAAGAUAACUAUGUUGUGGAUUCUUAUGAUUCAAAGUCAAACAUCGCUUCUGUUGAGAGUCAAGAAUCAAUUGUUAUUUUGAAGCAAGAAAAAGAUGCCUCACAAUCUAAGAUUUCUAGUCCUGAUAUCAAAAAUAUCGCUUUAGUAGAUCAAGGUUUUAUUCAAAUUUCAGAUGAAGAAAUCCCCAUUGGCAAAAGAAGAAAUUUGAGAAAAAGAAAUUGCAUCAGAUCAAGUACAUCUGACUCUGAUGUGAAUCCUAAAUAUGAAGCCUUAGUUGAAGAGGAUUCAGUAAAGUUAAACAAAAACAUUAAAAAUGCUACUAGUUCUUGCACUAGCGCAAGUGAAACCGAACUGAUUGUCGAUUCCGGGGAUGUAAAGGGUAAGAAAAGGAAUAAAAGAAAAACUUCUCAAAUAAAAUCAGAAGCUUGUUUGCCCACAAUAUCGGAGAAAACUGUGAAAGAUGAAUUAAAAGUAGUAGAAACAAAGUCAAAUGUUUUAAAGAAUAUUUUACCUUCUUCAAUUAAGCGCAAUGUCAACCAAAAUCAUCCUGAAGAAAAUGUUUUGUAUACUGUACAAAGUGGUUUUAGUCUUGACAAUGAAACAAACGAGCCACCACCUCAAAAGAAAAUAAAAACUGAAGCUGUAGCACCAGUGGUAAAAACCCUUCCAAAACUUAAAAGAGGUAGAAAAAAAUCUCUAAAUUUAAUUGGUGAUAGUGUCUCUAAUUCAGUUGAUGAGUUAAGUCCAAAAAGGAAGAAAAAACAGUGCGACUCCAAAUCUGGGAUAAGGAGGGAUUCUCCUGUAAUUGUUCCGUUGCCAGAUGAAAAAAAUAUUUCAUAUGAUGUUGCUGGAAGUAAAAAGGAAACUACUCCUAAGAAAACUGAUAUUUCCAGAAAAAAAAGGAAUGCAACACAGCAGCUUCUACCUUCCUCUCUGAAUCAAAGCUUAAACAAGUCAUUGCAGAGUUCUCUUCCUAAUAAGAAAAAAAGUAACAGUUCUUACUUGGAUAUGACUGUUGAUUGCAUUGUAGAUCUUUAUUUAACCAAAGCGUAUGAUUUAUUUGGAAUUGGAUGCGAGGAGUAUAGACAUUAGUUAAUAAAUGUCUAUGCUUCUCAGGAGUUUAGACAUAAUUGAAAGGGACGGAUAUAGACUUUUAAGGGCACUAUAUUAUCAAAUAAGAUUUUUGAUUUAUGUUAAAAAAAUAUACAUAUGAACAUUUGAACUUUUCAUUUGUACAAAAUGUUGUAUUUAAUAUCAUUUACAUUGUUCAUUACAGUAUGUAUGAUAUAUUAUGCUUUAUAUUGCACUCAAAUGUGAUAAAAAAAUUUCUCAAAAUAGUUUUUGAUAUAAUGUAAAAAUUAAUAUUUUAGUUUAUUAAAUUGAAUUUUUGUAAAAUUAUUAUCUUUUAGUUUUAGCUAUUUGUAAAGACAAAAACUAUAUAUACAUAUAUAUAUAUAUAUUUUUUUUUUUGUUGUCAGAAAAUAGAAUUAAGCUUUUAAAACUGCAGAAAAAACCACUUCAAUAUUUUUUUUGUUUUUUCAAAAUAAGUCAUUAUUUUCUGGUAUCUCUUUAUUUAAUGAAAAUAUUUUUAGCGAAUCAAAAACAUAACUUUUAAAUGUUUUUAUGUAUUCCUUCAGAAAUUUAAAUCAGAGCAACAAUUUUCAUACAUUUAUAAAUUUUGAUUGUAAGUAAUUUCUUGAAUCCAAACUGACAUUACUUAUAGAUUAGUAGCUGUGGUUCCAUGGAAUGAAUCUUCAAGUGUAUGUAUGUCAUUGAGAUCAUGUUGAGACUUUUGUCAGAAAAAUAUUUAAAUGUUUUUUUUUUUAAUUUGAAGGUACUCUACUGUUAAAAUCAUAUGCAAAUGAUGCAGAUAGUUUACCAUAUGUAGAUUGUUGACCAACAAGGUAUGCACAUAGAGCUCACAUGUGUGUUAAUAAAUAACAUUAACAUAUGUUAUUCUGAACUGUAAUCUUUCAUUUGACUUUGUUACAAUGUUUAUUGUAAGUGAAAUUUCAAACUAUUUUAACUGAAACUUGAACUUUAUAAUCUAUGAUACACCUGUUAGAAGUUUGACCCGGAUUGAUUUCAUAAAACUAUACCUUUAUUUACCCACCCUUAGACCUGUAAAUUUAAAUUUUCAGUUGGUAGCCAUUGUUUUCUCAAACCUAAUGAGUCAGUGACCAAUAUCAAUAAGUCCGUUUCAUUUAAUAGCAGCCUUUUGCUAAAUUUUUUAUCACAUGCAAUAAAUUUUAUUUUUCAGAAAAAAUUCAAAUUAGAAAUACUUUACGGCCGUUAAAUAUUAAUUCAUCAAUAAAAAUAAUAUAAAUAUUUAGCAAAAUUUAGUUAAGCACACUGAUUUUAAAGAACUUUAUGUAAUAAUAUUUGGGGUGGCAAAAUACAUUUAUUGUAUACAUUACAACUUUUAAAUAUGUGAAUUGUUAAAGAAUUCUCAUGAAUCUUUCCACCACAAAUUGAUGGAGACUAUGAAAGAUCAAAAUUGACAUUAGACUUUAUAAUGAAAAAUCUGUCUUAGUCUCUUUUCCCAGAUUGCAGCUACCCCGAAAUCGGAAUCCGUCAAAAAAAAAAAUAGUUGUAUGUUUAAUCAGAGAAAGUAGGUUUUUGUAUCUGAUUUUGUAACAAAAUAUCGUCUGCACUUAUUAAUUAGCAUAUUUGAGGCCAUUCAGAUCGAGUCCCAGAAUGUGAAAAUCUGAUCAUUAGGUUAUUCAAGGUGGUCUCUUUUUUUUGGUGUUUUGUUCUUUUAUUAUUAAAUUAUUUUUAAAAAAAGUGAUGGGGAGAAAGUAGCUGGUGGUUAAUUUAACUUUGAUUAACCCUUUUUGUUGACCCACCAUGAGGAGGAUGGUUAUUUUCAGGUCUACCCACCCUGUUCAAUUAAAUAUCUUCAAGAUUAUUUUAUUGUUACGAAAUAAUGUAACUAAUACUUAUUAUUAUAAAACAGAAAAAAGUUUUCAUCUUAUAUUACGGAAAGUACAAUUAAAAAAUUUUGUUAAUAAAACUAGCUCUAAGCGCUAAACAUUUAAUAAUAAACUGACUAUGUUUUAAAUUAUAUUUAGAGAAAAGUUACUACAUAUUCUGAAAGUAGAAGUUGAUGUCUUACAUUAUUGGUAUAGAUUUUUUGUAAUGUUUGUAUACAUUUGAAGAUUUUUGAAAACCAUAUUUUUAUAAAGAAUUAAGAGUAUUCUUACAUUUGCAUUUUACUCAUACCAGUGCAUAUUGAUUUGUUUUAAUGCAUCAUAGAAAUACCACUUAAAUAUUUUCCAUAGUUUCUACAUAGGAAUUACAAAAAGCUUUUUAAAAUUAUGGCAGUCUUAUUUCCUGUAUUUUUUUAAUAACUUAUUUUAUCAUGUCUUUUUUUUUCCUUUUAAUUUUAGUAACUUUUAUAUUUUGUUGCAUCCUUUUAUUUUUUUAUUGUUUAUUGACACGAAUUAACUAGUGUUUAAUACGUCACAAGGAUGCCAACUGCAGAAGAGUUCUGCCCUUAAAAAAAAGUAUGAUUUCCUGAUUUUUUUUUAAAUCAUUUAUUUUAAGGUAUAAUUUUUCAAUUUAUGAGUUACUUCUUUAGCAUUGUACUUGUUUUAUAACUUGGAGAUGAAACCUUUCAUUUUUGCCAAAUGGAGGAUCGAUAUUUGUUUUAUAAAAUUCGAAGUAAUAUAUCUGAUUUUUUUUAUAAAUUUAUUAUUUAAUCGAUAUAAUUAAAAUUAUUUUUUAACUAACUGAAUAUAAUUCAUUUAAAAAUAUUAACAUUGAUUUUAUACUAUUUUUUCAUUUGUGUUGGACAUUUUAAUUUUUGUAACUGUUUUAUAAAUAUGAAGGAACUCUUUGCUUGGAAACUAAAAUAAUAAUUCUGAUAAUUUUUAUUACUUUUGUUUGUUAAUAAUAUAUUUUAUUUAAAUAUUGUAACUAAUGGAAUUUCCAUCUUAAUUUUGAUGUUAUUACAGGAAAUUAGCUCCAUAGUAUCACUACAAGUUAGCAUUCAUGGUUUUAAUACAAUUAUUGGAAUUGUUUUGAAUAUGAAUGAUUGUAUUAACUAUUGCUUACAUGAGAAAUUAAUAAGCAUAAGUUAAUUUUUUAAAUUGUUGUUGAACAUCAAUAAUUUUACCAUUGAUACUUUAUUUGUACAUGUAAACAUGUUUAAUAAAUUGCAAUGUUUGUUUGAAACAA